GACCCACAGCACCCACCUGUCUGUCUGCCUGUCCUCCCGCAGGAAGUUACAGGUGCCCAGGGCAAAGGUGCCUUUACAGGCGUUUGCUGGUGGGAGCCAUGUCUCAGCCUGCCAAGACCUCGACCCCAGCGGCGGUGAACCCAGGGCCGGAUAGCAAGGGGAAAGGGGCCCCGCCCACAGGCCCCGCCCCGGCCCCAGCAUCCACGCCCAAGCCCGCGGCCAAAGCAGGGGAACUACCUCCCGGGAGCUACCGGCUGGUGGUCUUUGAGCAGGAGAACUUCCAGGGCCAUCGGGUGGAAUUCUCUGGGGAGUGCUUGAACCUGGGAGACCGCGGCUUCGACCGAGUGCGCAGCCUCAUCGUCGCCUCUGGACCCUGGGUCGCCUUUGAGCAGUCCAACUUCCAGGGGGAGAUGUUCGUCCUGGAGAAGGGCGAGUACCCACGCUGGGACACCUGGUCCAGCAGCUACCGCAGCGACCGGCUCAUGUCCUUCCGCCCCGUCAGGAUGGACUCCCAGGAGCACAAGAUCUGCCUGUUUGAAGGAGCCAACUUCAAGGGCAACACCAUGGAGAUCCAGGAGGAUGACGUGCCCAGUCUCUGGGUCUAUGGCUUCUGCGACCGCGUGGGCAGCGUGAGGGUCUCCAGCGGAACCUGGGUAGGCUAUCAGUAUCCUGGCUACCGCGGGUACCAGUACCUCCUGGAGCCUGGUGACUUCCGGCACUGGAACGAGUGGGGGGCCUUCCAGCCCCAGAUGCAGGCGGUGCGCCGCCUGCGGGACAGGCAGUGGCAUCGCGAGGGCUGCUUCCCAGUCCUGGCUGCGGAGCCCCCCAAAUGAGUCCAUGUUCCACUGCUUGUCCCUCCUCUCACCCCUUCCUCAGGUUCGCUUUCCCCCUAUUUCUCAUGCAAAUAAAAGUUCCUAAAGCCA